CUGGAAUACAAUCCUCAGAAAGUUUGUUUCGAGCGUGUUCAUCAAGAAACAUUUGGUAAAACAGGCUGUCGACGAAUCAUUCCGGGCCAGUAUUUGGCCGUUGAUCCAAAAGGCCGUGCUAUUCUUAUUGGCGCGGUUGAGCGACAAAAAUUGGUGUACAUAAUGAAUCGUGAUGCAGCAGCAAAUCUGACAAUCAGUUCACCGCUGGAAGCACAUAAAUCCCACUGUAUCUGUUACAGUGUUGUUGGUGUGGAUGUUGGAUUUGAAAACCCCACCUUUGCUUGCUUGGAAGUCGAUUAUGAAGAAAUUGACCAUGAUCCAAGUGGACAUCUAUUGACAAAAGUACCUCAGACGUUAACAUUCUACGAACUGGAUCUUGGACUGAAUCACGUGCCAUCAUGCAAGUUUAUUGCAGUCCCUGGUGGUCAGGAUGGGCCAAGUGGUGUGAUUGUUUGUUGCGAGAAUUAUUUGGUCUACAAAAAUCUUGGCGAUCAACCGGAUAUCAAGUGCCCAAUACCACGAAGAAGAAAUGAAUUGGAUGAUUGCGAUCGUACUGUGAUUAUUGUAUGUGCGGCAACACAUAAAACAAAACUUAUGUAUUUUUUCUUGGUACAAACUGAUCAGGGUGAUAUUUUCAAGGUCACACUCGAAAGCGAACACGAUAUUGUCACGGAGUUGAAAAUCAAAUAUUUUGACACGAUACCAGUGGCCAAUGCUAUGUGCAUUUUGAAAACGGGAUUUCUGUUCACUGCAAGUGAAUUUGGCAAUCACCAUCUUUAUCAGAUCGCACAUCUGGGUGACGAGGAUGAUGAGCCCGAAUUUUCAUCACGAAUGCAACUUGAUGAAGGCGAAACGUUCUUCUUCGCACCUCGUAAACUCACCAAUCUCGCGGCUGUUGAUGAACUGGACAGUCUGUCACCGCUCAUCACUUCAUAU